AAGUUAUCACGAGCAACUCAUGAGUCGACCUCCAUCAUCGCCGUGGACGACGAUGAGCACGGUGAAAAGAACAACGAGCAAGCCGGAUGCACUAUCGUCGGCAAGGAUAGCGAGUGAUUUACGUCUCAUACGCGUACUCUCCGUGUCUACAUGGUUGUUAUCUGCUUUACUCGUCCACCUUGCAUCAUAUCUUCCUCUCUUCGACUCCUCACCACAGGUUGUGCUUGGUGAGGACAUCAGCCGAACCGUAUCACCACUUUUGCGUUGGGACGCCUUUCAUUUCGGACAUAUUGCGAAACACGGUUAUGUCUACGAAUAUGAAUGGGCUUUCUUCGCAGGAACUCCGCUUGUCAUGCGGAAAACAGCUCAACUAUGCCAUCUACUAGGCCUGUUCAAUUCUGAAGAUGCACUCACUUGGCCAAACAUUCUAUUUUCUGGAGCUUCGAUAGCCUGUCUUUGUGGUACCGCUAGCACGCUAUAUGAGUUGACCUUGGAGCUCACCGCGUCACCUUCGUUCGCGUUAUUGUCCUCAUUACUUUCCUUAUUACCCAGUAGCCCAGCCACCUUACGUUUGGCUCCUUACACCGAACCGUUUUUCACGUAUUUAUCGUACAAAGGCAUGCUUUCCUGCGCCAGAGCACGCUGGACACUUGCGGCCAUCUUUUUCACGCUUGCAGGCGUGUUCCGAUCCAACGGUUUCAUGCUUAGCGGCUUCCUACUCUGGGGCAUGGUCAUCGAUCCAAUCCUGAGUCAUCGAAAUCUCCAGAUCAUGCGUAUAACACACUCAGCGGCGUUGACUGCCUUGACAUUUGUUCCAUUCCUGUCUCACCAGCUUGCCGCCUACCUCACCUUCUGCAGAGACAACACAUCACCUGCUGCCUGGUGUUCAAAGUCGCCUCCGUUCGUUUAUUCCUACGUGCAGUCGAAAUAUUGGAAUGUCGGAUUCCUGCGCUAUUGGACCCUAUCACAGCUUCCGAACUUCCUCCUCAGCAUGCCAGUUAUCGUCCUCCUGCUCUGGGCCUCAUCGCACCAUAUCCGACAUAUCCUCAUCCCCCAUCUUCACACCAUCUUCUACCCAAGCACACUAGGAUCCCGGCCCAUGAUACAGAGCUCGCCGUUCCUUACAACAAGACUUAUACCCCACGCAGUCCAUGCAUUCAUAUUCACUAACAUUCUGCUCUUCGCCUCACAUACCCAAAUCAUCCUACGUCUUGCGGCUUCGAUGCCUUUCACUUACUGGGCAGCUGCAUAUCUCGUCAUGGAAUACCCAAAGGCUGGACGGGCGUGGGUCACCUGGAGCGUAGUCUGGGGUGCGGUAUCUUUGGUUCUCUGGACUACUUUCUUACCGCCUGCAUAAGGCGUUGCCGUGAACGUCGUAGAGUUUGGAAUUCAACGAGUUGUUUCCGCCCUUUACAGCUACAUCGAACGCGACGAACUCACGACUGAUGAACUGUAUUCGUCAUCCCGGGGACCAUUAAAUAGUCGCUUUGUUUGGUCGCGGCCGAGGCAUCCCCCUUGGUUUCCAACCACCUAUCUGCGUUGUUGGCUUUCCCUCGUCUUCCAAUGUUCCGUUUGGUCCUGUGAAUUGUACAUCCAUCACGGGUCCGUCUGGAUCCUGUGAAUUCAACAGCUCUCCAGUGCCGGUACUUGAGGGUGGACAUUGGCUCUGCAUUGAAAGUCAGAAUCAGAGAUUUCGCAAAUAGAGCGGUACAUACACUGUCACGAGCUUCGGGAGUCAGGGCGACCACUUUACCAGAGGCUUCGGAAUCACUACGGCCACUAUCCUUGUUGACAAUAUGACAUGUGUUCAUUGAGAAAUCUUACCUCUCUCGUCCCACUUC